AUGAAAUCUACUAUUCUGCACGAAGUUCAUGUAAGUUUAGGUACCAGGCAUGUUAAAUCGACGUUCUGCGUGAAACUGUACUUCUGUUAUGUUGAAAAUCUGGUAUUAGUAUUAUAUGGACGUUGCUACGACUGCGUUCCAAUUAGUUCGUGUGAUUCCGCUGCCGAAUACGCUGCGAGAGUCGCAGAAAAUGACCCAGGAGUGAGCAACGAAACGUUUCAGAGGGGAGUUUGUGACUUUGCAGGAGGUCAAUAUAAGGUGUGCUGCUCAAGGUUCCCAGUGACUCAGAACCGAGUUAGUGUCACAAAACCGCCGCCGCCUGUCACCAACUUACGACGUUGCUACGACUGCGUUUCAAUUAGUUCGUGUGAUUCCGCUGCCGAAUACGCUGCGAGAGUCGCAGAAAAUGACCCAGGAGUGAGCAACGAAACGUUUCAGAGUGGAGUUUGUGACUUUGUAGGAGGUCAAUACAAGGUGUGCUGCUCAAAGUUCCCAGUGACACAGGACCGAGCUGGUGUCACAAAACCGCCACUGCCAGUCUCCAGCUUACGUAGCUCCGGGCAUGACAGAAUAACUUGUUCACCUGCCCUCGACAGCAACGAAACAAUGGCUUUAUAUGAAUUCCAAGGACUGGAGCCUAAGGUGAACUCUACCGAUCCAAUAGAAACACAUCCUAAUGUAAGGCUGCUGCCAAGUAAGUGUGGGACGGUUGACGGUAUAAAGAUCUUCAACGGUAAAAUUGCUAAGUUGUACGAGCUCCCCUGGAUGGCGCUGAUUGCUUAUGAAACAGAAAAUGGGAGCGAGUUCCACUGUGCCGGGAGUGUGAUCAAUUCGAGAUACAUCUUGACAGCUGCGCAUUGCGUUUUUAAUACUGAAUACUCUAAAUACGAGAGAAUUACUAGCGUGCGCAUUGGAGAAGUGAACCUGCAGACACCGUACGACUGUCAAGGUGUAGGAGCCAAUCUGAUUUGCGAAUGUAUAAUUCAGAACAUAAACGUAGAAGACAUAAUUCCGCAUGAGAAUUUUGGCGGAUUAACAUCCAAACAAAACGACAUUGCACUUCUUCGCCUCAGUGAACCUAUCAAUUUUACCAGAAACGCCUUUCCAAUAUGUCUGCCAGUAUCGAGUGAUUUGCGAAACAUUGGUCUCGAGGGCAAGAAAGCAGUAGUAGCUGGAUGGGGUUUAACAGAAAACUAUAUUAAGUCUAACAUUUUAUUGAAAAUUGAAAUACCCAUUUGGUCGAGCAGAAGGUGCCGAAAAGUUUGGAACCGCGGUAACGAUGAUUUCAAGAAACUGUGCGCUGGUGGAUCCAUUCAAGAUUCUUGCACGGGUGACUCGGGGGGACCACUGAUUGUAGAUUCAUAUUACGUAGGGCGGCGGAGCUACGUUCAAUACGGCAUAAUCUCUUAUGGCCCCAAACCAUGCGCUACAGUUGGGAUACCAGGGGUGUAUACUUACGUGGAUAAGUAUAUGCAAUGGAUAUUAGACAACAUUAGGGAAUAA